AUGGGUAUCCAACAUAGCAAAAGCCGCACUCUAACUGAUUCCGACAUCAGACUUAUAAGUCAACAAACGCAAUUAGAACCGCAUAUUAUUCAACAACUCUAUGAAGCAUUUAUGGAACGAGCAGGAAAUGAUGGACGUAUGACAAUCAGUGAUUUCAAAAAAACCUAUACAGAAAUAGAUCCAAAUGCAAAUUUUUUUACUCUUGACAAUGAUGCAGAAAGAUUUUUCAUGAUGUUCGAUAGGGAUCGUAAUGGUGUUCUAACAUUUGAUGAGUUUAUGAUGGCAUAUAUUCUUUUGCAACGCGGUGGUGAUGUCCCAGCAAACCGUUGGUACAAUGCAAUCAACACUAUGCCUGUUGGUGUUAUUUCUAGACCUAGCCUAUUGAAUUCUGAAGAAGCCCUUAGACUUCUUCAAUAUAUGCAUCAAUUUUAUCAAAUUCCAAACUUUGAUCCAGUGAUGGAACAUAAUCUUCUUUGGGGUCAAUUAGCACCACAAUUGGAUCCCAGUGGUUAUAUACCACAAUCAGAAUACCUCCGUCUUUUCUCGGCUCAACCUAAUAUUCAACCACAUGUUUGGUAG